UUAGAAAAAUACUUAUAUAACCAUUUCAUUACCGGCGUUUUGCCCACACGUCUUUUAUUGCCGACAUUGACCUGUUUUGUUGCGCAGAGACUCUUCCAGUCCGUGUUCAUGCCCGAUCUGCAGCGCUUUAGUUUUCCAUACCAUAGCAUGAAUCCUUUGUUGGAGGCCAGCACGCACCUGCAGCAGCUUCCGCAGCACAGCCAGGCCGGAUCCCCCUCAGGCCCGCUGCCCGACGCACACUUCACCGCACCCGACCCGGCCUCCUUUCUGCUGAUUGAUCAGCCCGCUUUGAGUCCCGAUCAGGCCGGCUGGAACCCCGACUUCACCGCACCCUCGCAGGCGUCACCUUACGUCCAUCACAGCCCGUUUCAGCACCGCGCCGUGCCGCCGCCUCCUGCAGCCAUGGCCCUCAGGAACGAUUUGGGAUCCAACAUCAGCGUCCUGAAAACCCUCAAUCUGAGGUUCCGAUGCUUCUUGGCUAAAGUGCACGAAUUAGAGCGCAGGAAUAAGGUUUUGGAGAAGCAGCUGCAACAGGCGCUGGAUGCCAACAAGGGAUGCAGUGAGAGUAAAACCAUCACCCAGGAGGCAGGUGUGCAAACCGGAUUCAUUGGUACCAUCCCGCUCAGGCCUGGUUCCCUCCCGUUCCACAACACCAACAACUCUGCCAGGAGGCCAACAACACUGUUCACACCACCGCUCACGGUAUCCGUACCCCCUGCACCAGCACUCAACACUGAAGAGUUCGGUUCAGCCCGAUCCAGCGCCAGCUGUUACCCAGCUAUCACCAUCAGACAGGCCUCCCCGUGUGUGGAUCCCCAACCUGCCCCAAACAUCAGCGCCGCCAACCCUCCUCCACGGUUCCUCCCAGGCACCAUUUGGUCCUACAACCCCACCCGCAAGUUUGGCCCCGGUGUGGAGCGUCUGAGCAGCCCCGGGGUGUCCUGGAUGCACCCAGAUGGUGUUGGGGUUCAAAUUGACACUAUCACCCCUGAGAUCAGAGCCCUGUAUAAUGUUCUGGCGAAAGUGAAGAGGGAGAGAGAUGAAUAUAAACGCAGAUGGGAGGAGGAGUACACAAUGAGGGUGGAUCUGCAGCAGAAGAUUGCGGAACUCCAAGAGGACCUGCAGGAGAGUGAAGGUUGUCAGGACGAGCUGGCACUCAGAGUUCAACAGCUAAAAGCCGAGUUGGUUCUCUUCAAAGGCCUCAUGAGCAAUAAUUUGUCAGAACUGGACAGCAAGAUCCAGGAGAAAGCCAUGAAGGUGGACAUGGACAUCUGUCGCAGGAUUGAUAUCACCGCUCGCCUGUGUGACGUGGCUCAGCAGCGGAACUGUGAGGAUGUGAUCCAGAUGUACCAGGUUCCUAACAACCAGGCUUUAAAUCCCCGCCGAAAACAAACCCCUGUGUCUGUUAACGGGAGUGAAUGCGACGAGCCAGCCAGCAUCUCUGAAAGUGAGGGGGGCAUAGCUAAAGAAGAGGAGCACUGCAGCUCUUCGGCUAAUCAGAUCAACGAGGAGAUGCAGCGGAUGCUGAAUCACCUUCGGGAGUGUGAAUUUGAAGAUGAUUGUGACAGCCUGGCAUGGGAGGAGACUGAAGAGACGUUGCUUCUUUGGGAGGACUUCCCAGGAUGCACCCUGCCUCCUGAUCCGACACACCCACCAGGAGAGGAGGACUGUCUGGAAAAAGUGAUUAACGACACUGAGUGUCUGUUUAAAUCCAGAGAGAAGGAAUACCAAGAGACAAUCGACCAGAUUGAGUUGGAGCUGGCUACAGCGAAGAGCGACAUGAACCGGCACCUGCACGAGUACAUGGAAAUGUGCUCCAUGAAAAGAGGCCUGGACGUACAGAUGGAGACGUGCAGGAGACUCAUCACACAGAGCGGAGACAGUAACACUGCCGUUCCUGCUGCUGCCGAGGACGGACACCAGAAAGAGAACGACAGAACGCCCUCUCCACCUUCUUCCUCCAGCAUGGGCCGAUCUUGACAGUCCCUCACUGCUGCAGUGACAGAGGCUGUAAUCAUGUGACCUUCACUGCAUUCACCUACAGUACCACACCACCGCAAUACACACCUGUAACCGUGGCACCGCCAUGUUUCUGUGAUCCGUGACUGAUUUGUAGAGCUUUUUUGUUUUUGUGCUUUUCUCCCAUCUGAUUGAAGCUGAUGUUUUGCUGAGGAAACUUUGAGCUGUGAAACUAUGAGCCGAACGAUUAUCAUUGUUCUUCCAUGCAGACGUCACUGCCCUAAUGCCAGGAAAAAUCUUAUUAUAGUCAGGUUUAGCCAUCUUUAAUGUAGUUUUGAAUGUUAGUUGUUGCAAUAGUUAAAGCUACAGUGUGUAGAAUUUAGCGUCGUCUCAUGGUGAGAUUGCGUAGUACAUUAUGCCGUCACCAGUCACGAUUUUGAUUCCCAUCAUAUUUUCGUUUCUUUGAUGAUGGGGUUUCAUGCUCCUUUGCCUUCUCUUGUGAUACACAAUAUGUAUGAUCUUCCGUUUUACAACAAUGGGGGUUCUCAAAAUCAU